AUGUCUAUCCUGCAAGGAGACACGGAAGAUAAAGAUAUUGAAGAUGCAGCAGCUGAAGCAGGUUCUUGUCUAUAUGACCUCUUAAGAAAGGAAACCUUGUCAAACUGGAGUCAAUGCUCAGGAGAAUGGAAAGAUUAUAAUUCCAGUCCAAGAGAGAGGCUAGCAAGUCUUUUGACCGAAGAUGGGAACAAAGUUUGUGCAGAUUGUGGUUCACGAGAUCCCAAAUGGGUAUCUGUGAGCAUUGGAGCUUUCAUUUGUAUCAAAUGCUCGGGAGUACACAGAAGCCUUGGAGUGCAUAUAUCAAAGGUUUUAUCUGCGAAACUCGAUGAGUGGUCUCACGAGCAAGUCGAUGCCUUAAUCGAGAUGGGUGGAAAUACUGCUGUGAACUUGAAAUACGAAGCUCACAUUCCCGAUAAUUUAAAUAAACCGAAUCCUGAUUCACCUGCUGAGGAACGCACUGAUUUUAUAAGGAGAAAAUACGAGUUGCAUCAGUUUUUGAACUGUGAUUUGACUUUGUCGUGCCCAUUUCCACCCACAUCAUCGUCCUCCAGCUGCAGUUCUUCGGGCUGUAGUUCUCAAUCGGGUCCUGAGAAGAAAAACUAUGAAAAACAAACGACGGGCCAUCGUAUACAAGGUAUUGGUAAUGCGUUUCGUAAUAGCUGGAGGAGAACAGAACACAGGACAACUAAGAAAAGUAACUCAAUGGCAGGUAUGGUCGAAUUUGUAGGAUUGAUUAAGGUUAAUAUAGUAAGAGGCACCAACUUAGCUGUACGAGAUAUGGUGACGAGUGAUCCAUACGUAAUCCUCUCCUUGGGAAAUCAGUCGAUGAAGACACGGGUUAUAAAGAAUAAUCUCAACCCAGUUUGGAACGAAAGUCUUAUGCUUUCAAUUCCAGAAAAUAUACCCCCAUUGAAGUUGCUCGUUUAUGAUAAGGACACUUUCUCGACGGAUGAUUUCAUGGGGAAUGCCGAGAUCGACAUUCAACCAUUACUCUCGGCCGCGAAGGCUUCAGAAUCCUCCUCGAUUAUCGAGUCGACAUUGAUCGGUAAAUGGAAAGCAAGCCAGGAGAACACGCUCGUCAAGGAUGGGGUCAUCAUGUUCGAGGACGGCCGUGUGAAGCAAGAAAUCUCCAUCAAGUUACAAAAUGUCGAGCGUGGAGUGCUCGAGAUCGAGCUCGAGUGUGUGCCUCUUACACAGUAG